UUCAGACAUGGCGGAUUCCGCGCGGAUGCAAAUCGCGCGGUUCUAAACGCAAGUGUUCAGACAGGCGCGGAUGUACAUGCGGAGUGCCGUUAUUCGCAUAGGGUGACAGUCCAAUCAUGGAAGUCGAAGAAGCAAUAUGUGUGUACUUGUUGCUCCGUAAAAAAGAAAGAAAGAAGAAACGGCAGUAUUGGGUGCAUCCAAUAUUACGCGAUCGGUUUACUCAUGGUCAGUUUCAGACUUUAUAUCCAAAAUUAAGAAGUUUUGAACCAAAAUUCUUCAAUUAUUUGAGAAUGUCGAUAAAUUCAUUUGAUGAAUUAUUAGAAAUGAUGAGUAAACAAAUUGAAUCUAAUGAUACCCAUAUGAGGUCAAGCGUGUCCCCAGAAGAAAAACUCGUGAUCACAUUAAGAUAUCUGGGUACUGGUUGUUCCUUUGGAGAACUACAUUACAACUUUCGUCUUGGCAAAUCUACAAUCACAGGAAUUGUCCGUGAAGUAUGUGAAACUCUGUGGGAAAAAGUCACAAAAAACGUCAUGCCUGAACCCAGCGAAGAUAUAUGGAAGAAAAUAGCUAAAGAUUUUGAAAAAUAUGCAAAUUUUCCCAAUUGCAUAGGCGCCAUAGAUGGCAAGCAUAUAAGGAUUACAAAACCCAAAGAUUCGGGUUCUUUGUAUUAUAAUUACAAAACUUUUUUUUCCAUAGUACUGUUGGCACUUUGUGAUAGUAACUAUUGUUUUACUUUCAUAGAUAUCGGAUCUUACGGAAAAAGUAGUGAUUCUGCAAUUUUUAAAAAUUCAGCAUUUUAUAAAAGGUUAAUAGAAAAGUCAUUACACAUACCAAAACCUAAACCAAUAUCUGAAACAGAUCCUAAACCAUUGCCAUACGUCAUAGUUGGCGAUGAAGCGUUUGGUUUAUCCGAAAAUGUAAUGCGACCCUAUGCAGGUAAAGGGCUAUCAUAUGAAAAAAAAAUAUUUAAUUACAGGUUAUCAAGAGCUCGACGUUUUAUUGAAUGCACUUUCGGAAUUCUGGCAAACAAGUGGCGCAUUUUUCAUAGGCCUAUAAACGUGAAUAUAGACUUUGCCGAAGACAUAAUAAAGGCCUGUUGCGUGCUACACAAUUUUGUUAGAACUAGAGAUGGUAUACAGUAUGAAGAUACUUUACAUACUGCGCCAAUGAGUAAUCUUAUUACAUUACAUGCAGGAAGGGGUACACCAUCAUCAUUAAACAUUAGAGACAAAUAUGCUAAUUACUUUGUGAAUGAGGGUCGUGUAGAAUGGCAAGACACGAAAAUAUGAAAUUAAAAUUGUUACAGUUCGCGCCAAAUAACUAAACUCAAGAUGGCGCGUCGCGUUGGUGGGUUGUACAUAUUACAGUUAAUAGCUAUACGUUACUGUGGUAACGUGAUAGUUUUCCCGCGCUCGUUACGUACCGCCAAACAACGUUAUACACAUUUCAGUUAUUUGGGGUGGACUGUCUAUUACAAAACAUGUAAACUACCCUGGUAAAAUGUAUAAUUAAAUGUCUACUGACCAAAAAGAACCUUCUUUUCCAAAGAAUCCUCAUUUUCUCCAAAAAUCUCCACCAGCUCCUGCCAAGCUCCGUUUUUAAUCGUUUUGUUAGAAUAUUCUGCACAUUGGAUGUUCCA